CAACUAUUUAAAUUUUUAAUAUAUUUAUUUUUAAACUGUUCAUAACAAAAAUCAAUCAACAUGGAAUGAUUCAUCUUUUUCAAAUGUGUUAACUUUCAUUACUAUAGAAAUAUUUAAAAUUUUCUUAAUUCUCAUAAUGCCUUUGUUAACUUAUAAUUCUCUCAUGGAACAUCUCUUAAUUGGCGGUAUUUUAUCUACGAUUUUCAUAAUUUCUCAUUUUUCCUUGCAUAGAAUCGAAGAAGGACACGUUGCUGUAUAUUUCAGAGGAGGGGCUCUAUUGCCCAAAAUGAGCUAUCCCGGAUAUCAUAUGAUGAUACCUUUAUUAACAUCAUACAAAAGUGUUCAGGUUACACUGCAAACUGAUGAAGUUACAAAUGUUCCUUGCGGCACAAGUGGAGGAGUUAUGAUUUAUUUCGAUAGAAUUGAAGUUGUGAAUUACCUAAAUGUUAAUAGCGUUAUGGAUAUAGUAAGAAACUACACUGCAGAUUACGAUAGCACGUUAAUUUUCAAUAAAGUACAUCACGAACUGAACCAGUUUUGCAGUAUACACACUUUGCACGAAGUUUACAUUGAUCUUUUUGAUCAAAUUGAUGAAAAUUUGAAACAGGCAUUACAAAGAGAUCUUCUAGAAAUGGCCCCAGGGUUAACAAUCCAAGCGGUGAGAGUAACAAAACCAAAAAUUCCAGAACCCAUACGCAAAAACUAUGAACUAAUGGAAGGAGAAAAAACCAAAUUACUAAUAUCCAUAGAACACCAAAGAGUUGUAGAAAAAGACGCGGAAACUGACAGAAAACGCGCCAUAAUUGAUGCAGAAAAAGAAGCCCUCGUAGCCAAAAUUCAAUUUGACCAAAAAAUAAUGGAAAAGGAAUCUUUGCAGCGCAUGUCGCAAAUCGAAGACGAAAUGCAUGUGGCCAGGGAAAGAGCGCAAGCGGAUGCGGAGUUUUACAAAAUGAAGCAGCAAGCUGAAGUUAAUCAAAUAUUAUUCACUAAAGAGUAUAUAGAAUUGAAAAAAUAUGAAUCUUUAGCUAAAAAUACAAAGACGUAUUUUGGGAAUGAUAUUCCUCAAAUAUUUUUAGGAGAUAGUAUUGUAAAAGUUGUGGAAAAAAGUGGAGAGACGGGAGAUAAUUAGUCACUGAACAAAAAAGCAAAAAGUUGUGAGGCACCAUCAUUUUGUUACAUCACUUUAUUGUAUUAGUUUUGAGUGCAAUAAAUCAAUUUUUUUUACUACUAACCUGAGAAAUAGACAUUAUUCA